AUGGUUCUAGCUUGUAAGUGUUCAGCGAAGGUGACGGUUCACGUAAAAAACGAUAUCCAAGGUUAUCAAGUUGUGUUGGAUUACCAUUGCUUUAACGAUAAUGACGAUUUAGGUCAACGUCUGCUACAUCAAGGGCAGGAAUGGCACUGGGAAUUUGGUGUAGUACCUGCUUUUACAUUUUUUGUUUGUGAUAUGCGUUGGUACGAUAACAAGGAUCAUCGGUGGUAUGACGGCAAGUUUGAUGUUUACUAUACAUCUGGAUUUUUGGGUAACAAAUUUAAACGGUUUUGCGGUGGUGACUGUCAGUGGUCUAUCCGUCGGGAUGGAGCUUAUCUCUACCGUAAGGAUAGAAGCGACUGGGAGAGAAGAGGGGAGUGGCAUUGA